CCACAGGUCCUGGCAAGGGCAGGAAGUGAAUGAAGAGUUAGUUCCAGGACCUAAAUAUCAUUUCUGGAGACACCCUUCACUGAUGACUGGGAUUUCUUACUAGAAUAUUAGGGCAGAUACAGAAGAGACAGAGUAUCCCAGUUAGCCAGUUAACUAGACAGAAGAAAAUGAUCAAUGUUCAGGAGUUGCUGACACUGGAGGAUGUGACUGUGCCUUUCACCCCGGAGGAGUGGCAGCUCCUGGACCCUGCUCAGAAGGAUCUCUACCGACAUGUGAUGUUGGAGAACUAUAGCAACCUGGUGUCAGUGGGUGAGGACGGCUGCCCUGUGCAGCUCAGGGGCAUAACCUCUCCCAUAUUGACACAUCUCAGGUGUCCAGUCAGCAAGUCAGCCCUCUCCAAGUUGGAACGAGGGGAAGAACCUUGGACAGAUGAAGAAAUGCACAGUUGGAUCUCUCCAGAAGAUGACAGAGUUGAUCAACUUCAGAGUCACUCAGAAAAUCAAAGAAUGCUGAAGAGUGUGGAAAACUAUCAUGAACUUCAAACCAAAAGUAAUUUUCCUUUCAAAGAGAAUCAUAAUAGGGUUGAGUUAUAUAUAAGGACUUUGAAGUCAAAUUUAAGUUUAGUCAACCAAAACAAAAACUAUGACAUGAAGAACUCUACUAAAUUAAAAGAAAAUGUGAAAUCAUUUGUGAAAGAGAAGUAUGAGGAAUUCCAUUCUGCAGUUAAGUUUCCUGUAAGUGGAAAACCUAUUAGUGGUAAGUCCCAAGUCAUUAAGCAUCAGAGAGUUCAUGAAAUAGAUAAAACCCAUGUGUGCAGUGAAUGCGGGAAAGCCUUUUUCAAGAAGUUUCAGCUCACUGAUCAUGAGAGAGUGCAUACAGGAGAGAAACUUUAUGGGUGCAAUAUGUGUGCCAAAGUAUUCUCUAGAAAGUCCAGGCUGAAUGAGCAUCAGAGAAUUCAUAAAAGAGAGAAAUCCUUUAUAUGCAGUGAGUGUGGAAAAGUCUUUACUAUGAAGAGCCAAUUGAUUGAACAUCAGCGAACUCAUACUGGAGAGAAACCCUAUGUGUGCAAUGAAUGUGGAAAAGGCUUCCCAGGCAAGCGUAAUCUCAUUGUACAUCAGUGUAACCAUACAGGAGAGAAGUCCUAUGUGUGUAGUGAGUGUGGAAAAGGCUUCACUGUGAAGAGCAUGCUCAUUAUACAUCAGCAAACUCAUACAGGAGAAAAGCCCUAUAUAUGUAGUGAAUGUGGGAAAGGUUUUACCACAAAGCACUAUGUCAUCAUACAUCAACGAAAUCAUACAGGAGAGAAACCGUAUAUAUGCAAUGAAUGUGGGAAAGGCUUCACUAUGAAGAGUCGUCUGAUUGAACAUCAGCGAACUCAUGGAGAAAAGCCCUAUGUAUGUAAUGAAUGUGGAAAAGGAUUUCCCAGGAAGAGUAAUCUCAUUGUACAUCAGAGAAAUCAUACAGUAGAGAAGUCCUAUCUAUGUAAUGAUUGUGGAAAAGGCUUCACUGUGAAGAGUAUGCUCAUCAUACAUCAGCGAACUCAUACUGGAGAGAAGUCCUAUAUCUGUAGUGAAUGUGGGAAAGGCUUCCCCUUGAAAAGUCGACUGAUUGUACAUCAGCGAACUCAUACUGGAGAGAAACCUUACAAAUGCAGUGAAUGUGGGAAGGGGUUCAUUGUGAAUAGUGGACUGAUGUUACAUCAGCGAACUCGUACUGGGGAGAAACCCUACAUAUGCAAUGAAUGUGGAAAAGGUUUUGCCUUUAAGAGCAACCUUGUGGUAUAUCAGCGAACUCAUACUGGUGAGAAACCUUUUAUGUGCAGUGAAUGUGGAAAAGGCUUCACCAUGAAACGCUAUCUUGUUGUACAUCAGCAAAUUCAUAUAGCAGAGAAAUCCUACAUAUGUAAUGAAUGUGGAAAAGGCUUUUCCAUGGAAACUGAGCUCAGUUUACACAAGCAGGUUCAUACUGGAGAAAAACCAUAUGCAUGUAAUGAAUAUGGUAAAGGCUUCACUGUAAAAAGUCGCCUAGUAGUUCAUCCAACUCAUACUGGAGAGAAACCCUUUGUAUGCCGUGAAUGUGGGAAAGGCUUCUCCUCAAAGAGAAAUCUCAUUGUACAUCAGCGAAUACAUAAUGGAAAUAAACCCUAA